AUGAAUAUAAAUAAAUUUUAUAGUUUAAAUAGAAUUUUUAAUAAUAAUUAUAAUAAUAAUAAAAUAAUAACGAGUCAAAUAUUGUUGGCAUCAUUUUCAUCAUCAGGGUCAUCUAGCAAAGAAGAUUUCGUUUAUGAAUCAUUUCCAAAAUUUAAUCAAGUAUCAACAAAAAAAGAUAUUGAAAAUUUAGAAAAAAGAUAUGAAAAAUUAAAAAAAAGUGAAAAUUUUAUGGCUAAAGAAAUACCAAAACCAGUCGAAUAUAUCUUAAUCAAACAUUCACUAGAUAAAAAACCAAUCAAUAAACAGAUUGUUGGUCUGUUAAAAAAAGAUCUUCCUCAUGAAUCUAUAAGAUGUCUAUUAAAAUAUUUUGGUGAAACACACGAUUACCAGUCCAUCGAGUAUCAAACUAUUUAUUUAAUAUUACACAAAUUGGUGGUGGAAAAUAAAGAUUUAGAGUCUGCAGAUAAACUGUUAAGAACUUUUAUAAGAAGUUUUAAAUCAAAAGAGAAUGAGGUUAUGGCAUUUAUGGAACAUCUAUACAGAAAGAAAGACAAAUCCAUUAAGGAGUUUAUAAUCAACAAUACUGGGUUUUGGUUCAACUUUCUCACAACAACAGAGUCAUAUUUAAACAUUAUGCAAAAGUUUUUACCAGAGUCAGUAUACAGGUCUACAGAAUACUAUAAUUUUUGGGUAGAGAGGUUGGCAAGUUCCGAUAGACUCUUUUCAAACCAUUUCGAAAUAUUGUGGAGACUGUUUGAGUAUAUGCUGGAUAAUAAUAUAGAGUUGUCAAGGAUAUCAUUAAGUGCAUUCGAGACCUACAUGUUCAAAAGCAAUAAAGAGUUAUCAAUGGAUCAAAUUCAUCUUAUUGAAAAAGCAGAAUCAAAGCAACCACCACCAAAAAAACUAUACGAUGGCGAUAGAUUUAUAUUUGAAGAUUUAAAAAUGAAAUUAAAAUUUUAUCCAUCAAAUGAUUUUGACAAAUUCGAACCAAAAAACUCUGCUAAAGGUCAAUUGGAAAAAUCUAUAGGCGACAUUGAAAAAAGAAAUAUAUAUAUUGGUGGAAAAUUGUCACCAACAACUGUAGCACUCUAUGUAAAUUUAUUAAGCAAGAAAUAUCCAUUAAAAAAUGGUAACAAAGAAACAAUAAAAAAAUGGAGCUCAAUUAUGAUAAACAGUAAAGAUGACAACAAUAGGAAAGAUAAUAGCAAUGAUAGUCAUCUUACAAGUAGAUCAUCAACAUAUAUAAAAAAAGAAUUGGUUAUGGCGGUUGGUUUAUGUAUAAAGCGUUCAGGUGAUAUCAAGGCAUUAAAAACAUAUGUUUUUGAUAACUAUUCUCUUUUUGGUUCAAUUGGUUUUAAAAACAUUAUGGACAUUAUUGAUUGUUUCCCUCCAGAUGGUCAAGCUAGUUUCAUUCAAGAUGUUCUCUCAUCAAACAGCAAUUAUUUUUCAUUUUUUGUCGACUUUAUUAAAGAUUUAAAAACAAAAUUACCCAAUCCACAAGAUUUCCCAAAAUUAGAUACAAUCAUUUCAAAAGAGAAGGUAGAGGUUUCACCAAAACCAUUUUUAGAUUUAUUUAAUACAAUUUAUAUUUUAAAUAAUAAUAAUAAUAGUAAUAAAAAUAGUAGUAAAUAA